AGCGGGUGCAGAAAAACAAGAGACAGUGAGUGGAGCCGAGAAAGACACAAAGUAGUUUGUAAUGUCAAAUUAGCAUCUAAUGUUUAUUUACAAAAUAGAAGCCAGGAUUAUAACUUUGGAUCAUCAAGUCUUUGUUUUUGCAGCGCUAUCGUGCAUACAGGCUAAAGAGGGGCACCACCAUGAGUUCCUUGCCGGAGACCACGCGCUCCCUCAUGGAGGUUUUUAAUGGGAAACUGCAGGAUUUUACAGAUGAAAUUGCCAAUGUCCACAUGGUGUGGCUGGAGGAGAUCCAGCAGGAAGCUUAUCGCAUGUUUUCCAGUGACUUCAGCACCGAGCCAGAACUCAUGCCAAAGACUCCGUCACAGAAAAAGACAAACCACAGGAAGCGAGUGUCGAUGGAGCUCAAUGAGUCUCGCAGCAAAAGACGUUUCUCCAAGGGGAAACGCAGCAACCUGCGUCGCUCCUCGGUCCAGAUGACCCUGACCACCCUCUCUGAACUCGUUACACCACACGUGCCGACCGACAGCUCUGAGAGCCUGAUGGAGGAACCUUCUCGCCGCACGCGUCGCAACAAAACCACUGCCCCGGCUGAAACCGAAUCUGUCAAGCGCAGCACCCGUAAUAAAGGUGGCGCCAAAGCUAAGGAGGUGGAAAAAGUGGCAGAGAGCAUUCCAGAUGUGAAUGAAGCCAUUGAGGUGCAGGAUUCAGGCUCCAAUCAGGAUCAGAUCCUGGUGUCUGAAGCCAUGGUGAAGAUUUCCUCCUCUGAGCGUCUGAGUGCAGAUUCGCUGCUGAACGCUGGUGUGUCUCCUGGCCGAUCCGCUAAUAAAAUCCCCAUCACUGCAUUUGGGUUGCAGACGACACCUCAGGGCUCAUCUCGGACGUCAGCUCGGCGCUCGCUGGUGGUACGCCGUUCUCUGGUGGGCCUCAGGCAUAGCAUGACCCAGGAAGCUGUUCGCAGGGCAUCCCGGCGCUCUUUUCUGAAGAAGAAAGCCAGACUGGGAAACUCUAUCUGCAGCAGCUCUGUCAGCGAAGACAUCUGUAUGGAUGUUGAAACUGAGGAAAUGGAGAACAAAGAACAGGUUGAUGCACCGCAAAUGGUCACUGAACCAGCUACUGAAACCAAACCUGAACCAGAAAUCGUCCAAACUGAGGAACCUGAACCCGAGAAGACUGAAGAAAUGGAACCUGAGGUAAAAGACAAACUUCCAGAAGAGAUUGCUGAAUCCAGCACCACUGAGAACUGUCGCUUCACACGAUCCAUGGCCCGUACUUCAGAAACAGAUGGAGCAAAAUCCAAAGGAGAUGGCCGGCCUACGCGUUCAGGCUCAAAGCGUCACGCCGCUCAGGAAAGCAACACACCCAAGAAAAAACAAUCUCCUCCGAAGAAGUGCCUCACGAGUACUGCUCCACACAUGCGAUCAUUCUUGCACACGGUGCAGAAGAACCAGAUGCUGAUGAUGACGCCUGGGUCUCUGGGCCGCAGCUCCAUGAAAUCCUUCAUCAAACAAUCUGCCACCAAAACUGACACCAAGUUGGGCUCCGGCUCUGUGGUGAGUGUAAACAGUGAAUCAAGACUGAGGUCAUUUCCAUGUCAGUCACAACUAUUUAUUUCUCUGCGUGUUGAGCGGUUGGCUGAGGAGAAAGCCAAGAGGAAGGUUGCCACUAAACGACAGGAAGAGCUGGAGCUCCGCAAGAAACAGGAGGAGGCAGCCAGACAAAAGAAACUUCAGCAAGUUGAGGAAGAGGAGCGGCGGCACCAGGAGAUUCUGGCCAAACGCAAGGCUGAAGAGGAGCGAGAGAAGGUCCGCAAACUGGCCGAGGCCACACGUGCUCUGGAGCUGAAGAAGGAACAAGAGCGGGAGAAAGAGAGGGAGCGCGAACGAGAGCGGGAAAGAGAACGCGAUAGGGAGCGAGAAAGACAGGCUGUAGCUGAGAAAGAAAGACUGGAGCGAGAGAAGGCUAUUGCUCUUCAGAAGGAACUGGAGAGAGCAGCCAGAGAGAAAGAGAGGAGGGAGAUGGAGGAGAAGAGGAAGAUGGAAGAGCAACGGAAGGCUGAAGAGGAGAAGGAAGCCCAACAGAAACGUGCGGCUGCAGCCUCCGCCCCGGCGCCCCCUACAGUUACAGCACAGAACUCCAUUCUAAAUACUCCAGUUGGGAAAGUAGCUGCUCACAAUAAGACCAUAGAUUUUGGACCUGGACUCAACGUGACCGUGGACAUUGAGAAAUCUCCACAAUCAUACCAAAUCACCCCAAAGGGCCAGAAAGUGACUGUUUUAGUGAAUCCUGAAGAUUAUGGCAUGGACCAGAACAGCGAUGACUCAACAGAUGAUGAAUCUGCGCCCAGAAAACCCAUCCCAUCCUGGGCUGAGGGUAUGCAGUUGCAGCAAGCCAUCAUGAAGCAAUAUUACAAUCCACUGGAUCUCCAUUCAUAUUUUGGAGAACCUGAACCACCCAAACUGGAGGCGAUCUUCAGGCGGACAAAACCUCGCUUCUUUAAACGCACGAGCUCUGCCGUCUGGCAUUCUCCACCACGUUUGGGAAAUCUGGGCAAUUAAUAAGCAGAUGUAUGUUUUUGUUUUUUCCCUACUUGUGUUCUGUCGUCUUUUUUAUGUUGUCUUUUUUACUUUUGAGCUCACUUCAAUAAAGCUUUUAGAAAUCUGUAUGCAAGUAGGUUAGACUGGAAAAAAAAAAAGAGCAGAAUGUGUAAUAUAGAUUACACAAAAGGUGAUAGGGUUUGACGCUCUGUUUAAUUUACCUGCUGUUUUUUAAAAAUGGGACUACCUUGUCACAAAUGUAUUUAAAUGUAGCAUCACAUGUUAUAAAUUUGGAAGUGUAUUCCAUUUUAAAUUUGGAAGUGUACACGGGAGCUGCUACAUAUAGAAAAUAUGGGGAUGGCGUUUGCCUACAAAAUUCAUUUCACGAAGAGCGUCAGAUUUACUCUGGACUGUUAAUAAAAGGUAUCAUUUCGAA